UGGCUCUGGUAGCGUUUGGCUCAGACUCUCUUUGUGGCUGGCCCACCUUGGGAGCUCAUGUCGGCCCUGGUGCCCACCUUUGUCCCCCUUGGCCGGGCCAUCCCCAGCCAAGCAAGGCCUGCGGUUGCAGGCGUCAGCGUGCGCCAUCCAGAGGCAGAGCGGCCUGGGCGCUCUGCCUCCCUCCGACCUCAGGUGGCCAUGGGCCUGGGUCUGGGGUUAGUUGGCCUCCGCCACUUGAAGCUCCACUUCCGGGCCAGAGCUCGCCUUCCUGCAAAAGAAGGCUAUCACCGCAUGGUGCGGUGCUGUUCGACUUCCACAGAUCAGGUGGUGUCAACGCUAAUUGCAGACAACCACGAGGUCCAGUCACCACCAAACGACCCGCGAACCUACAGGGUGCUGCGGAUGGAGAAUGGCUUGGAGGUGCUGUUAGCUUCCGACUCGACCGCUAGUACGUCAGCGGCUGCCCUGACAGUGCAGUGUGGGACCUUCCAGGAUCCAGGGGACCGUUUAGGCCUGGCUCACUUUCAUGAGCACAUGCUGUUUCUGGGUACCGAAAAGUAUCCCAAGGAAGACGAGUACAGCAAAUUUCUCAGUGACCAUGGUGGGGACAGCAACGCGUUCACCAUGUCCGAAUACACCACCUACUAUUUCAAGGUGGCCUCCUCGUAUUUGGAAGGAGCCCUCGAUCGGUUUGCAGAGUUCUUUAUUAGCCCUACGUUUGAUCCGUCUGGCAUCGAGCGGGAGAUGAAGGCCGUGGACUCGGAGAGCACCAACUACUCCACGGAUGAUGGCUGGCGCUUGCUUCAAGUCCUCAAGGCCACAGCAGCUGAAGAGCAUCCCUUCUUCAGCUUUGAUGUUGGAAACCUUAGUACCCUUGGUGCAGAUGAUUUACCCGGCACGCGAGAAAAGCUGAUUGCGUGGAAUAGGAACCAUUAUCAGGCUGGUGCGAUGAAGCUCGUCAUUGUGGGUAAGGAACCAUUGGAGGAACUGGAAAAGAUUGCUAUCUCACGCUUUGAGAAGGUGAGACUUGGCCAGGGGCAGGAGCAAAGCUAUCCGAGCAGACCUUGGCCCAUGAACCAAGUGGGUCGUGUUGUGAAGGGUGUACCGCUCAAGGAGGCGCGCUCCCUUGCGGUCUAUUGGCCCCUGCCGCCAGUGCAGACGCAUCUCUUUGCCAAGCCCGAACUUUACAUUGCACACAUGCUUGGACAUGAAGGUCAGGGCUCCUUGCAUGAUGUCUUAAAUCAGUUUGGCUGGGUUGACCAACUAUCUGCUGGAACUGCUCAUUCUUUCACAGAUGAGCAGCUGUUUGCCGUAAACAUUACUCUCACGCCCGAAGGUGAUUGCCACAGAGAAGAGAUUCUGGCACUCCUUUUCGAAUACGUUGAGAAAGUGCGUGCAGCUGGCCCACAAGAAGAGAUUUUUAAGGAGCUUUCUUCACUGCAGCAGAUCAGCUUUGCGCAUAAGGAAGACUCACCAUUGCCAGAUGACUUUGCUGCUUCUGCAGCGAUGGCAUUGCAUAGAUAUCCUGCAAAGGAGGUUUUGCGAGGGCCUUUUGCUCUCGAUGAAUGGCGCCCUGACGUUGUGGCUGAGUACUUGUCGAAGCUCACACCAGAGAACUGCCUGGUUUUUGAGACGAGUGAUGGCUACAAAGACGAGAGCUCCGCUAGUGAUGCGGAAGAGAAGGGGUGGAAAACUGAGCGCUGGUACAAGGCAGCCUUCAAGGAGGAGCCCCUAGAUGAAAAGCAUUUAUCGGAGUGGAAGGCUCGACUUGAAGAAUUGCUCCAAGGGGAGGAGUCGGGCCUACAGUUGCCCCAGCCAAAUCGCUUCAUCCCAGAGGAUUUUUCACUGCGAGGUGAAGGGACAGGUUUGGACGCCAGCAAAUUGCCCAUGGAGGUCGUGCCACCCGCGCCAUUAGCAAGUGAUCCGAUGUUGCGCUUGUGGCACAAGAUGGACAAAGCCUUCAAAACUCCACGAGAGUACGUACUGACUCACAUGCACACUGGGGCCUACUCCGCAGGCCCUGAGGCUGUUGCAAUGAUGCGGCUUUUUUGCGGGGUGGUCAGCGAUGACCUCAACACCUUUGCCUACGAUGCAACGGUCGCAGGGUUGGGGUACAACUUGGAGUUUGCCGACAACCUCACCAUGACUGUGGGCGGUUUUAAUGACAAGCUUCCGGAGCUCAUGAAGGUGGUAGUGGAGCACAUUGCAAAUGUCCUGGAAGAGUUUGAAGCAGCCGGUGAGCGCAUGAAGGAGUGUGCUGAUGAAGCAGAAGUGAUGGAAGCGUUGGGUGAGCGUGGCCAGGAACUCUUGGAGAAGCUCGAGGUCCAGCGACAAAUUCUGCUGCAGGACUACAAAAACUUCACCCGUGAAGAGCCAUGGUCAGUUGGCCAGUACUACUUGAGCCAGCUUAUGCUCCGAAAAAGUUGGCAUUUGUCUGAAUACAUCAAGGUCUUGGAAAACAUGCCGGACAUUUUGGCAAUGUCGAAAGCAGUGCGCAAGGCGCUCUCGCACGUGCAAGUCGAUAUGCUGGUGCAUGGCAAUGCCACAGAAGAUGGCGCACGGGAGUUGGCCGAGAUCUUUUGUGCCAACUUGAAGCGCUUGGGCACCACUCCUCUCCAAGAGCUCCGAAAGAAAGAGGUCACAAAACUGCCCAAGAGCACCACCGUCUUCGAGUUUGACUUGGCAGCAUUGAAUCCUGCACAGGAGAACUCCUGCACACAGGUCGUGUACCAGGUGGGAAAGACGCAGGAAGACUUUCGACGAGACGCUUGCUUGUCUCUAUGCUGUCAAAUAGGGCACGUCUCUGCAUUCCAAAAGCUCCGCACUGAAUUGCAGUUGGGCUACAUUGUGCAAGCCUUCCCUGCUGUCACAGAGGAUGUUUGUGGCUUCAGUGUGCUUGUGCAGGGGCCAAGGGAGCAUCCAAAGGAUGUCGAUGGCCUUAUCGAGGAAUGGCUUGAAGCUUUUGAACAGGAGUUGGAAGACAUGAGCGAGGAGACUUUCCAAAAGAAUGUGCAGGCCCUCGUGAACGAAAGGACUCAACGAUAUUCCGGUCUUAUUCAGGAGACCACACGACACUGGUCCGAGAUUCUACCACGCAGGUACAAGUUCUCCCGAAUCGUUGAAUCCACCCGUGCGCUAGAGACUGUGGCGAAAGAAGAUGUGGUAGCUUUCUUCAAAAAGUAUUUGGCCAAAGGAGCUCCAGACCGAAGGAAACUGAGCAUUCGAGUCCUUGGUACUUCUGCAGGUGAUGUGAAGAGCCAAGUCGAAAAGCCCGAUGCGUUGCUGACCUCUGUGGAGGACUUGCGUGAGUUCCAUACGGAGACGGAGUCUUUCCCUUCGGCGGUCUACGCUGAAAUGCCGUCUCCCUGAGCAGAGGCACAGCAAGGAGGCAGGAGCUUAGGAGCUUCCCGCAAACCAGGUUUUGUUGCCGGUUUUUCAUGCUAGCCGCUGUGCCAAGCAACGGUGUUCGAGUG